AUCACAGAGGCCUUGCUAAAGGAAAGAGAUAAACAAGCAAAAUGGAGUGGCAUUCCCUUGCUGCUGCAGAAGCUGUAUGAACAUAGCCACCCAAACAGUGAUUUCUCCCAGUGCCAAAGCAUCUUAAAGGAAAUUUCCCCACUUCUUUCAAUGGAAGCAGUGGCAUCUGUUACAGAAGAUAAAAAAGCUGCUCAAGAGUCCACUUUCCCAAAUACAUACACGUUUGACUUAUUUGGAGGAGUCGAUCUUUUAAUAGAAAUUCUUAUGAGACCAACUCUUAUCACACAGAAAAAGAAACAGAAAAUAAGUGAUGACCUCAUCAAGGACUGUUUAAGCAUACUGUACAACACAUGUAUAUGUACGGAAGGAGUCACAAGGCGAUUGGCAGAAAGAAACGACUUUGUGUUGUUCCUGUUUACACUGAUGACAAACAAAAAGACAUUCCUACAAACUGCAACGCUCAUUGAAGAUAUCCUGGGAGUUAAAAAGGAAAUGAUCCAACUGGAUGAUAUUCCCAAUCUUGCGAGCCUGGUGUCCAGUUUUGAUCAGCAGCAGCUUGCGAACUUCUGCAGGAUCCUUGCUGUCACCAUUUCAGAACUUGACCCAGGGAGUGAUGACAAGCACACACUGCUUGCCAAAAAUGCCCAGCAGAAAAAAAACCUGGGUCCUUCUCGAGCUGAAAUUAAUCAAGCUACACUUCUGAAUAUUCCAGGCUUCAUUGAGCGAUUGUGCAAACUGGCAACAAGGAAGGUGUCUGAAACAACAGGUACUUCUAGCUUCCUCCAGGAGUUGGAAGAAUGGUACACCUGGCUGGGGCUGGACAAUGCACUAGUGCUUGAUACACUGAUGAGAGUGGCAAAUGAAGAGGCAGAGCAGAGCAGUACAGAGUCAUCAGAUGAGAGUGGCUUGGCCAACACCUCGACACGAGCACAGCUUCCACAGCCCAUGAAGAUUAUGCACGAGAUCAUGUAUAAGCUGGAGGUGUUGUAUGUUCUCUGCGUGCUGCUCAUGGGGAGACAAAGGAAUCAGGUUCACAAAAUGAUAGCAGAGUUCAAACUGAUUCCUGGCCUCAAUAACUUGUUUGACAAACUGAUCUGGAGAAAGCAUUCAGCAUCAGCCCUGGUUCUGCAUGGACACAACCAGAAUUGUGAUUGUAGCCCAGACAUUACUUUAAAGAUCCAGUUCUUGAGGCUUCUUCAGAGCUUUAGUGAUCACCAUGAGAACAAGUAUCUGCUUUUAAACAGCCAAGAACUCAACGAGCUGAGUGCCAUCUCCCAUAAAGCCAACAUCCCUGAAGUUGAUGCAGUUGUCAACACAGACAGGAGUCUUGUCUGCGAUGGGAAAAGGGGUUUGUUGACCAGACUGCUUCAGGUCAUGAAGAAGGAACCAGCUGAAUCUUCCUUCAGGUUUUGGCAAGCGAGGGCAGUUGAAAGCUUUCUGCGGGGCACCACCUCCUAUGCAGACCAGAUGUUCCUGAUGAAGAGAGGACUCCUGGAGCAUAUUCUCUACUGCAUUGUUGAUAGUGAGUGCAAAUCACGAGAUGUGCUUCAGAGUUACUUUGACCUUCUGGGAGAGCUGAUGAAAUUCAAUAUUGAUGCAUUCAAGAGGUUCAACAAGUACAUCAACACAGAUGAGAAGUUCCAGAUUUUUUUAAAUCAGAUCAACAGUUCAUUGGUUGAUUCAAACAUGCUUGUUCGCUGCAUUACCCUGUCCCUGGACCGGUUUGAGAAUCAGUCUGAUGCUAAAGUUGCAGAAGUCCUGUCAGAGUGCCGCCUGUUGUCAUAUAUGUCCCAGAUGUCCAUGAGAAUGUCCUUUCUUUUCCGUCUCAUUAAUAUUAUUCAUGUACAGACACUUACACAGGAAAAUGUCAGUUGUUUGAACACAAGUUUAGUUAUCCUAAUGCUGGCCCGAAGGAAAGAAAAGCUGCCUUUUUAUCUGCACACUUUGCAACAGAUGGAAUACACAGAAAAAUACCCAGGCUUCAUCCUGAACAACUUCCACAGUCUCCUGCGAUUCUGGCAGCAGCAUUACCUCAACAAGGAUAAAGACAGCACCUGCUUAGAAAAUAGCUCAUGUAUUAGUUUUACCUACUGGAAAGAGACUGUAUCUAUACUGCUCAGUCCAGACCGGACAUCCCCCUGUGCCAUAGUUAGCUACAUCGACGAGGCGUAUAUGGACAUUGACAGAGACUUUGCUGAGGAGUAACUCUGCACUCUGGCUUCUGAUGGACAGCGCUUGGAGGGUCCCUACAGCCCAUGGAUUUUCAGGGAUAUGCUGUGGAGUGUGUGUGUGUGCACAGCUUGGAACCGUGGAGCAUUGUCCCAACCCCAGUCCCUCCCCAUCCCCAUCUCUGAUCUCUAACAGAUGAGACUUUGAGAGCUCUCUGGGCAACACAUUCAGGGAUGUAUCUUCCAGCUGUUCUGGGAUAAAAACCAUUACCUGCAAAAACCAGCCUCUUUCUUUUCUCUC